AUGCAGCAGAACAACUUCCAGGCCGUAGGAAUGGCUGGAACGACGACACAUUUUCAGCAAGUUCAACCAAAUGUGCUGAAACGGAAACCAUUCUCAAUGAAUCCACCAGAUAAGGUCCUUUCAAGAACUAGAGAUCUGGGUUUCGCAGGUGUCUAUCCGCAACGCGGAGCUCAAGAUGAAGAUGAAUUAUCGGAAUCAAAUGUCAAGCACGGUUUCCAGGAUCGACCUCAUCCCAUCUUACAGGAUGAGCGCUUCUCGGCAUUCGAACUAUAUUAUCACGAUAGUAACCACGGUAAAUUGCUGAACGCCCUGAGUGGGUUUGUGACCGAAGUGCUCAAAGGUCAAGUUGGCGAGAGCAAAGUUCCAAAUGAAUCACGGUAUAAGCUACCUGAUCGAGUCGCCACCGAUGCAAAACAAUGGAUUGUCAAACUGGCGUCUGAGACCGAACCAUUGUCUGAAUUAGCCAAAUCUGUACCUCUAGGGCAAGUCUUUCACGGAAACCUGAUUUCAGUUUAUGUGCUGAUCGACUCUGCGUAUUAUAGAAUCAAAGGUGGAGCGCUGUUAGACCAUCUGGUACAGCAUCAAGUGCCGAUAGCCAGAGCUACCUGGUUUGUCAGAUUCGUAGGAGCCUCCGAAAUUCGGCAACAUCGCCAACCAAAACAAGCUGAAGAUCCCAAUCAGCAUUCAGCUUUCGAAACAGAAUGGACGACCGCCCUAACAGUGUUUAUGAAGCGAUUGUUUGAAUCCAUCAAUGCUCCGCAGCCAACCAUUAUCGGCCCAACGAUUUCCAAGGAUACUAAGCGAUGGAGUUCAAGUGAUGAACGGAAACGCUUCAUGAUAAAGUGGAAUUAUGUAUUAGGACUUAUACGAUAUCAGUAUGCCGAAGGACUCAUUGAUCAGCGCGGGUUUCUGAGAUGGUCGCUGGACUCAUUUAAAUUGGCCAAUUUCGAUCAGACCUUCUUUGUACUUCAAAUUGUUACGUCCUUUAUUACAGAAAUCGUACGGUCAAGAGCUCUGACACGAUAUCUGAUGGAGUCAUGUAUUUCUAAAUUGCAGCGGUAUGCCGCGCAUCUAGAUGCUUCAGAGCUGAUUAGGCAACAACAAUAUCAGCUCUCCCAACUACUUCAGUACAUCUUCAUGGUAGCACCUGACUUGGCAGUUGCACCUCGCACCUGGACGCAAUACAAGGAUCUGAUACUGGGCGUGAUGGACAUUGCUCCCAUAACCUCUCCCGCUACUCAGAUCCAAAGGCUCUUGUCUGCCCGAAAGCUUGAGAUUCAAAGGAGAAAUGAGUUUCUGCUAUACGGUAGAUGCCCCGUUAUAAAAGCAUCUCAAGAUGCGAUUGAAAUCUUGGAUUCAAUGUCCGUCUCGUCGAGCCUGAACGAUAUAUACAAGUCCUGGUUUGAUGCUACUGGCUCGGACGAUCCAAUACAUCAGUUGUUUCAAUGGGCAAUUACAUUCAGUCGAUCCGGUAAUCAUCGGCCAUAUGUUGUUGGGGCCAUCCUCACGAGAUACGCACAGGAUGGACGAUUAGGGAGAAGGCGAGAUUUACAGACUCAAUUGCAAGUGUUUUUGGAUACAUUUGAGAGUAGCCAUGUUGAAGAGAGAAGGCAGUUGUCAGAAUUAUAUGGUGAAAUUAUCAGAAAAGACCUCUUCUCGUUAGACACAUACAUCCAGAGAUUGAUUUCAAGAGGUGAUUUGGAGGCGUCCAACAUUCACAAACGAUUCUCGCACAUUAAGGAUUUGCCUAUAUAUAAAGCCAAACCUACGCAGCUCAAUCAUCGUCGAGUAUCACUCUUUGGUGUCACAUAUAAGCUACACAAGGAUGACGAAGAAUCCAGGUAUAUGAAGACAUUAGAAAGAAUAUCCAGCUUCUUCCCUAUGAUGUUUCGAUCACAGAGUAACAGUGGUGUGGUUUCCCAAUCUAUGCCGGCAAAGGACAGUGAAGCAGAUUAUGCAUUGAGCAGACUCGGUCAUACCGAUGUUUUGCUUUUGCAAAAUUUGCCCAAAUUCAUACGAGUACGAGUCGCCGAAUGGCUGGUGAAUCAUGUAUUUGAUUUUGUUGUCACGGAUAAAUUAAUUGGAAUGGACAAUUUCAAAACCAUGCUGAAUCCGGGGAACUCGAAGUUAAAUGGUCGGCAAUUCGCUGUGAUUAUUGAAAUAUUGGAAGCUGCGAAGGAAUACCGACUGGUUCUUGGGCUAUGUAUAUGGAUGUUACACAAGACCACAGAUCGCAACAUCUAUCCGUAUAUUGUAGAUACCUUUCGCCGUCAUCAAAUGGUCUUCCAUGCUAUGGAAGAACUUGGAAAUAUCUUUACAGCUGUAUAUAAUAAGCACUCGGAACUCCGUAAAUCUCAGAAACACGACCGUAAUUUAAUUCUCAGCUAUUUAAUUGAAUUGAUGAAAAUCCCAGAAUCAGGAGCAAACGCUGCCCAAAAGCAAGAGUUGACUCUUCAGCAUGAUGAACCACCACCAGUAUCCGGAAAGAAGGAAACUCCAGCAGUAUUUGACGACAUUCGCAAGCUCCAGGACGAUUACUUGACGAUCGCUACUGCUAUAUCCAAUUUGACUUGGAGCUACCAGUCCAGUAAAGAAGCGGUCAAGCGGGUGUUUCUCUACGUUAUUGAGAAUCUCAGAAGGCUAGUUUCGUCAUCGAAAAGUAUCUAUGAAUUUCGACGAAUCAUGGAAAUCAAUGUAGAGGUUUUACGAGUACUCAAUGAUCGAUGUCUGUUUCUCGAUGAUGUGAUUAUCGAGUGUUUGCAGGAAAUCGUAUUGACAUUGUCAAACGGUGGUGUACAACAGCCUCGUCAGUUGUCUGAACUUCUGACAAACCAUACAGAUGAGAAAUCAUCAUGGAUGUUGUCAUUCUUGGCUCUAUUAAUGAUUUCUAGGAUCGUGACUGCUGCAAGAGUGUUGCGUGAUUUCGUGGAUGUUGUUGUGAAGCGUGCUACUGAUGAAGGAUUGAAUCCAUUGUUUACCCCAUUGUAUAUAAAUGUCAUCAGAUUGGCACACAUCGUCCUUGGUGUUUCCGAUACCGAGGACCUUGCUCCUGGUUUAUUCCUCACCACACAGGAAUUACAAUCCAUGUCUACUAUAAGGCAAUCUGACUUGAUGUCAGGGGAGCCGCCAGUAGCUCCAUUCCGUACAUAUUUACUUAUAUCGAGACUAUCUACAUCGCCCUCGAUCCUGGCAGACGAUGCCAAAACCAAACUGGUGGUCGCUUGUCUUGAUGAGUUUAAAAACUCGAUAUAUAACAAGUCGUCCUGGUUGAAGCGAGUAUGUUUAGAUAAACCAGUAUGGGCGUAUAAGGUUAUGGUGGCUGUAUCUACUGAAGUAGAUAGCAGUCUGCUCUCCAAAGGUCCAGAGGCAUCAAUCCGUCACUUUGCGAAUUGUGCCAUCUUCCAGCAUCUCGUCUCUGAAGAUUCAGACACUGAUUUUGUAUCUAGUAAUGCAGCUGCGCCAUCACAGCAACCGCACCAUCAUCAUCAACCACAUCAACGCUUGACCAUAGAAUCGUGUAGAGACUCAUUUGCUCAUGUAUUGCGUAAAAUGAAUGAUUGGACAUUCGACAGACCGUGGAUUGAAUUACAAUUCAUCCUUGAUCGAAUAGUAGCAUUUGGUGAGUCACAGGCUGGGACCUCGUCUCUCAUGUAUUUCGACUGUUUUGUCGAUCUGCUGUUUGAACGACUACUGGAGCCAUCGACACACAUCCGAUUCUUUUCUCGUCUCGUUGAAGGACUGAGAUGGGAAGUCUUGUCUCGAUUCCUGCAACAAAUCAGUUGGCUGCUUGAAGGAAUCUUGCCUUUGCCACCUGGAUAUCGACAUGAUCCAGCUUCUCCACGAGCUGUAAUGGUGUCUAAAUGGAGUACGGCUUUGGCUGGUGAUGAACGAUGUCUCAAAGUGUUUAUGGAUGUUGCUGUGCUUGCUAUUCAGACUGCUGACAGGUGUCGCGUGAAUGGAGAUGGGAGAUAUGGGCCUGAGUUGAUUGCUAUGGCUAAAGCACUGCUUACUCAACUUCAAUGGUUUGAGUCAAAGAUACCGGUAUUUGAUCUGAUGGAAAUAUGUUCCUUGUCGUUUCAAGAGGCCAGUCGCUUUUGGCAACAGUGCAACUAUUCGUUGCAAUCAGCCUUGGAGAAUGUUCGACAAGGAAGGCUUGCUAUAGAGAAGGGGUCGGAACAGCAUGCGUUCAUCGGUGAAAUACGUGCCAUGUUAUAUUUACGACUCCGCCUGAUCUUGCCUCUGAUACCUGUCCUGCUGGAGAAUGCACAGGAUAGUAAUCUCGUAUCAUUGGUGCAAACUCUGGUUUGUCUCAUGACGGCACGAAUAUCGCAUGGAAUGGGCACCGAGGAGAAGCUCUUUGAGCUGAUUCUGGAUAUAGUCUCUUGGAUUAGUGACGAAGUUCCUAAAGAGCUGAAGAAUAGCUUAUUGGCAGUCUUGAGAGAUCUACAACCUCAAUUAUGCAUACCUGAGAAAUACCUGGAACGAAUACAACGAAUGUUGCCCUUCCAAAUCCAAAAUCCACACGUCAAACGACUGUUGACUGUAGUAUACCCACCAUCAUCAAACACAUUAAUGUCAUCCUCCUCGUCAUCGUUAUCGUCAUUGGCACUGCUCCCAGCUACAGCUAGUCUAGUAGUAUCAUCAUCGCAUUUUAAACCUUGGGAGUGGGUUGAAUCGUCUGCAAUCGUAGCAGGACCGCAGGAACUCGAUUUCAAUCUAUCUAGUAGUGCCACAGCAGCGGCAGCAUCGGCAGCGACUCAUCCUGAGGUCGUCAACGAUGGGCCUAUAUCAUUAUCACUCUUCUCAGCAAGUGUUCGAGUACCCUUCUCCGAGGACGAUGAAGAAACGGGAGGAAUGUCGCUCAUGUAUAACAGAUUGUUUGAAGAUGGAUGGCAGCCUGGUGAUAUCACUGCUGUGAGGAAUCUUUUGGUUACUGAAGGGAAUAGCGGUGAGAUGAAUGAGGAUGUGGUUAUGGCUGAUGGUGUCGGGAAUGGUGAUGCUGGGAAGAGAGAAGGGAAACGUAAGGCUGUGGCUGAAUCGCCCAAUGAUGGUAACCCAUAUCUCGUUCAGGAAGUGUUUGACGUGAAGUUGAAACCAUUUGAUGUCGACGAUGAUGGCGAUGCCACCAGCUCUAUAGGCGAAAAUGAUGAUCGGCCAUCGUUCCUCAAUGAAUUAGCAGAUGCUAGAGCACCAGAAGAUGUUCGAGACUCCAUAAUACAAUAA